AUGUCUGCCUCGACCUACCCUCCUCAUGGACCGUUCUUGGGCAUCAUCAAACACUCAUGGGAUGCAAUUGCGGUGGUGUAUGCAGCCAGAACUGGCAAAAUUCCUCGGAUAGUAGCCAGAUUACCCAGUGAAGAGCGUGAGAAGUGGAUUCGAAGUGGUGCAGUCCUCAUAUUCAGCCUUCAGGAAAGCAACAUUGCAAGGUGGACAGAUGGUCAUUCUUGGACUUCAUCACGCACAAUGGGAAACUUUACUAUGUAUCAUGAAAUUGACUCAGAAGUCAAGCCUCAAAAGAGUUUUCCCAUCUUCCAUAUGUCCAGUGGGGGGGAGGCCCCGGGCCCAAGACCGCUACUACCCAAUGGCCUAAUAAAAAAGACUAUUACCUUGACAGUGGAGGGGGAGGAAUAUCGGGUGAUUGCAUACUACAAGGUUACAGACUACCAAGACCCCACCCUCAAUGAGAACACAGCCAACUUGAACCUCCAAGUACCCCAAAAUCUCGACUGGCUGGCCAAUCUCAAUCUACGCCUGUCGCCCCAGUUGGAGAGACAAGCAGAUGGUAAACUGGUGUGCCACAACUUGUCUCUGCUGUUGACUGAGUCCACGAAGGAUCCAUGGGCAUAUGAGUCAAAAAGUAGGGCAAAGACACACCACACCUUAUGGCAGAGCAAUGCCACCCAGGCUCCAUCCCUGGACAUAGGCUUGGCUACCACUGCAGUGGCGGAAAAGGAUCAGAACCGCAGAGAAGAACCCAUGAGUUGGAAUUUGGAUAGACAUUGGCACAACCCACCACUCCAAGAACCAGAAGAUGAGACUUCCCCCUUCUUGGAGUAUCUGAACAUACCCUUCAGCACGGAUGGAGAGUUAGGGGUGCAAUCAGAUGAGGAGGUACGUACCUAG